AUGCAGAUCUUCGUGAAGACCCUGACGGGGAAGACCAUCACCCUCGAGGUCGAGAGCAGCGACACCAUUGAUAACGUCAAAGCUAAGAUCCAAGACAAGGAAGGAAUCCCGCCGGACCAGCAGCGUCUGAUCUUCGCCGGGAAGCAGCUGGAGGACGGCCGCACGCUGGCCGACUACAACAUCCAGAAGGAGUCGACGCUCCACCUGGUGCUCCGCCUCCGUGGAGGCAACAUGCAGAUCUUCGUGAAAACCCUGACGGGGAAGACCAUCACCCUCGAGGUCGAGAGCAGCGACACCAUCGACAACGUCAAGGCUAAGAUCCAAGACAAGGAAGGGAUCCCGCCAGACCAGCAGCGGCUGAUCUUCGCCGGAAAGCAGCUGGAGGAAGGCCGCACGCUUGCCGACUACAACAUCCAGAAGGAGUCGACGCUCCACCUGGUGCUCCGCCUCCGAGGCGGCAGCCGCGGCGGCCGGCCCACCACCGUCCCGCCCAACCUCCUGGCUCUCGCCCUCAAGCACAACGAGAAGAGGAUGAUCUGCCGCAAGUGCUAUGCGCGUCUUCCCCUCAGGGCUACCAACUGCCGCAAGAAGAAGUGCGGCCACACCAACGAGCUGAGGCUGAAGAAGAAGUUCAUCUGAGCCAACAGUUUCUUCUUCCGCAAUUCGUUGGGACCCAAAAUUAAUAGGUC